GUAUAGAACAUUUUCAAGAUGGCGGACGGACUGAAGGUUUCGUCAUCGUAGCUUUUUUUAUUAUUAUGUAUUUUCUGUGAAAAAGGUACCCAUCCACUAUCAUUUAUCGCACGUUUUAAUAAUGAAGGGGAGAUUCACUACCAUUGAUCUUUGUGCUUCAAUAACGGAGCUAAAAGAAAGGCUUCUGGGAAUGAGAGUGGUAAAUGUGUAUGAUAUCGACAACAAGACAUAUCUGAUCAAGUUACAAAGGCCUGAGGGCAAAGCUAUGCUGCUGAUUGAAUCUGGUAACAGAAUGCACACCACAGAGUUUGAAUGGCCAAAGAGUAAUUUCCCUUCUGGGUUUGCAAUUAAGCUCCGUAAGCAUUUGAAGCAAAGACGUUUAGUAGCAGUCACACAGCUUGGAGUUGACCGAAUUGUGGACUUACAGUUUGGCUCUAACGAGGCUGCAUAUCACCUGAUCAUAGAAUUUUAUGACAGGGGAAACAUUGUUCUCACAGACCAUGAAUACCUGAUUCUGAAUCUGCUGAGAAGACGGUCAGAAAAAGUCAAUGAAUUAAAAAAUGCACAAGAAAAUGCCAAUGAAACAAGCGAAACUCCUGAACCUAAAACAGAAAAAGGCAAAGGCAAAGGUGAUAAAGGGCAAGCGAAUGAAGAUGUGAAAUUCUCAGUGGGGCAAAUUUAUCCUAUAGCCCUUGCAAAACAGAGAGAGCCACUGAUGACGCCUGACAGACUCAAAGAAAUUAUAGCAGGAUGCAAACCUGGAGAACCACUCAAGAAAGCGCUCAACCCCCAUUUAAUUUAUGGCCAUGUUCUCCUGGAGCACUGUUUCAUUGAGAGCGGUCUCCCCCCUGGCCUGGCUGUCGGCAAAGACUUGGACAUAGACAGAGACCUCCCACGGAUAAUGGAUGCCCUCUUAAAAGCUGACAAGUACUUGGACGACGUAAUGACGAAACCCUGUAAGGGCUAUAUUAUACAAAAGCGGGAGAAGAAGCCGUCAGUUGACUUGUCUGGCGUGGGUAGUGAUGAGCUCUUAACCUACCAAGAGUUUUACCCUUUUCUGAUGACGCAAUACAAAGACCAUCCCUACCUAGAAUUUCCAUCCUUUGAUAAGACUGUCGACGAUUUUUUCUCGAGUAUCGGAAGCCAGAAACUAGACGUAAAAGCACUGAACCAGGAAAAAUCCGCUCUCAAGAAACUCGAGAAUGUUAAGAAGGACCACGAGAAACGGAUCCAGCAGCUACAAAGCGCACAGGAGGCAGACGUGAGAAAGGCCCAACUCAUAGAGAUAAAUCUAGACCUGGUAGACCGAGCUAUUUUGGUGGUGAAUAGCGCAAUCGCCAAUCAGAUCGACUGGUCUGAAAUACUAAACCUGGUAAAAGAGGCCCAGAUACAAGGCGAUCCUGUGGCAAGUGCUAUCAGAGAGCUCAAGCUACAGACCAAUCACAUCACCAUGCUAUUAAGUGACCCGUUUGAUGAUUCGGAUGAUAGCGAUGAUGAAGAUGAUAAUGAAGAUGAUAACCAUCUCAACAAGAGGAAAAAAAAGAAAAAGGGUCCAAAGGGUGUUAGAGUUGACAUCGAUCUGUCCUUGUCGGCGUAUGCGAAUGCUAGAAGUCAUUACGAGAGAAAGAAACAUUCUGCCAAAAAAGAACAGAAAACGAUCGACCACUCCGAACAGGCCUUGAAGUCUGCCCAAAGAAAAGCCAAGCAAACGCUGAAAGAAGUUGCGACCACUACAAGUAUCAACAAAGCGAGAAAGACAUACUGGUUCGAGAAGUUCCUGUGGUUUAUCAGCUCUGAGAACUACGUAGUGAUCGGUGGUCGGGAUCAACAGCAGAACGAACUAGUCGUAAAACGCCAUCUUCAGCCAGGUGAUGUUUAUGUCCACGCUGAUCUCCAUGGUGCCAGUAGUGUCAUAGUGAAGAACAAGCCUGAAGGUCUCCCCAUUCCCCCCAAGACCCUGCUGGAGGCAGGUACUAUGGCGGUGUGUAACAGCGCAGCGUGGGACAGCAAGAUCGUCACGUCCGCGUGGUGGGUCUACCAUAAUCAGGUAUCAAAAACUGCGCCCACGGGAGAGUACCUCACCACAGGGAGCUUCAUGAUAAGGGGGAAGAAGAAUUUUUUGCCACCUUGUCAUCUCAUCAUGGGCUUUAGCUUCCUGUUCCGAGUGGACGACUCGUGUGUGGAAAAGCACCGGGACGAGAGGAGAGUACGGGGGAUGGAGGACACGGAGUCCAUGGCUGACUCUACCGCGGAUACCGAAGUUGACGACGAUCUCGCUCUUGCUGACGACGGUAGCGAUGUCGAGGACGGGACAAGUGACGUCAGUAGCUCAAAGGAUGACGUCACAGAUGCAGUGAAUGAAGUCAAUGGUGGAGUGGUGGAGGAUGAUGCCGGAAGUCUGUUUCCGGACACCAGUAUUGACCUUAAGGUGGUCAGCGGCAAAGUUGAGCUUCAGCGGCGCAUGCGCAGGAGCAGCCAUACGGAUAAUGACGACAGCAAGAUCUUCCUAGGGGGUGAUCACGUGGUCGAUCUCAGGGAGAACAAGGAAAAGGCGGAGCAAUUGGCGAAGCAACGGAAGGCGAAACAGAAAAGGAGUGAGAAAGAUGAGGGAGAGAUGCUGAAAAAUCGGGAUGCGGACAAGAGGGAAACAAGGAAAGAUCACGGAAGCGAUCAAGGGAAAAAGGGGAAUUUGCAAACAAGCCAGCAGCAGCAGCAGCAACAACAGCAACAGAUAAAGAAAGGAAAAAAGGCUAAGCUAAAGAAGAUGAAGGAGAAAUACGCUGACCAGGAUGAGGAAGAGAGGCGGCUCAGGAUGGAAAUUCUAGCGUCUGCCGGUCCCGCCAAGGAAAGCAAAGCAGACAAGCGCAAAGCUAAAAAGGUAAAUAAAGGAGCCAUACAGGGCAAAGCCAAACAAACAUUUAAGCAACAACAUGUGGCACCGUUACCAUGGGAGCAGGCCACGGCGUCUGAGGAAGCACCGCCUCAGCUUGACAAGGAGAACGAGCCUUCAAACAAUAACACUGGUCGCGUGACAAACUCUGAGCCUAUCAGAACAAUUGGUGAAACAACAAAUGGGAAAGAGGCUGGGAAUGCCGCUGAUGUGAUUGAUGGUGCAGGUGCGCCGCCAGAAGGCCUCGAGCAAGAGGAGCCGGGGCCCCUGAGGACAGCUCAAUCGAGAGAGGCCUGGACUAGGGACUGCGGGAGACCCGAGGAGAGAGCAAAUGAUCAACCAGACCAGAAAGACGGAUCCUCAGCAGUGCCAAGACAAAAGGAUAAGGUUCUGGAUGAUGAGGAAGAUGAUGACGAAGACGGCGAGGAGAACCGGGACUCUAAGGAAAACAUCUCUCUUCUCGAUGCGCUGACUGGGAUCCCUGUGGCGGACGAUAUGUUGUUGUUUGCCAUCCCCGUGUGCGCCCCGUACACAGCCGUGCAGAACUACAAGUAUAAAGUGAAGCUGACUCCAGGAUCCACGAAAAAGGGCAAAGCUGCCAUGUCGGCCCUCAACAUGUUUAUCCAAUCAAAGGAGACCUCGCCGCGAGAGAAAGACCUCCUCAAGAGUGUCAAGGAUGUGGAGUUAUCCCGGUACAUCCCAGGCAAGGUCAAGGUUUCAGCGCCGAACUUGCAAAAAAUCAAACGCAAAUGAAUAAGAAAUUAAUAUUAAGGUAUCAAAUCCACCGAUAUCGUGGUCUGAUGAAGACAUGCUCUUUUGCUCACCGCGAGGUAUGGACUGACGGACUGACAUGUGGUUGUACAAAGUUUCUUUAUAAUAAUAAUUAUAAUAAGAACAAAACAAUACCAAAUAAAAUGAAAUCUUACUUUU